GGGUGGGCUGAGAACUGGGGCGGGGAUCGGCCGUGAGCAUCCAACGGUCACCUCCCUUACAUCCUCUUUUUUCAGUCUUUGCCGCUCAGCCCUCAUCAGAGGAGGAAAGGGGUGGGGGAGCCGGGCACGUGCCCCACUCACAGUUUCCUUCCAGAGCGGCCCCUGCUCCCCGGCCAGCCUUCCUUCCUGUGGCAGUCAGUUGAUCAUCUUCCUCUUAGUCAGGGUCUGAUUUCUGGAUAUCCGUCUUGCCCCAGGCUGGCUGUGGCCCUGGGCACACCCCUUUCCAUGAAAACGCGGGUGCCCGCUGCCCUAAGAACUUCUGCUCCCACCAGACCUCGGACACAAAACAUCCUCGCUGUUGGUGUCAUCAGAAAGUUAUCCAUUCAUUCAGUCAGUAUUUACUGGGUCCUCACUGUGUGGCCGGGCUUGGGCCAGCCGCUGGGCAUACAACUGUGAGGGAGAGGGAAUCCCGCCUCCUCCGAGCUCCUGUGUCUCAUCUGUGUCUUCAGGAAGCUUUUCCCCAAUCUGCUUCCAGACUCACUGAGCUAUCUGUCUGCUACUGCCUUGCCUUCUUCCUGAGGUGUUCAAGGGUCAAGAAGUUCAAAGGGUUCUCUGUGGGGCUCAGGUUCUGCCAGGAUGUCCAGAGGUUGUUUCUCAUGGGCCCUGGCCCCCAAAGGCCUCCCCGGACCCCAGGAUAGCUCCCUGCCCCUCUGCACCCUCUCUGCAUAGAGCUGCUCACUGACAGCAGAGACCUUGUCCGGUGCUCUGUUCCCAGCGCCUAGAGCACCAUGUCGUGUUCCCGGUGCACCCUUGACUGAGUGAGUGACUGGGUCUGCUUCAUGGAGUUGUAAAAAUUAAAUGAGUUCAUUAAAGACAUUGUCAGGCCCUACUCUGGACAUGCCGGUGCCCUCAAGUUUCAACGACGUGGGCCAGGACGGGCAGCUGCGGAGUUUUGUCGGCUGGGUGUGGUAUGAACGGGAGAUCACCCUGCCCCAGCGGUGGACCGAGGACCUGGGCAUGAGAGUGGUGCUGAGGAUUGGCAGCGCCCACUACUAUGCCAUCGUGUGGGUGAAUGGGGUCCACGUGGCAGAGCAUGAGGGGGGCCAUCUCCCCUUCGAGGCUGACAUCAGCAAGCUGGUCCAGAGCGGGCCCCUGUCCUCCUGCCGUAUCACCAUCGCCAUCAACAACACGCUGUCCCCCCACACCCUGCCACCCGGGACCAUCCUCUACAAGACGGACCCCUCCAUGUACCCCAAGGGUUACUUUGUCCAGAACAUAAAGUUUGACUUCUUCAACUACGCGGGACUGCAUCGGACUGUGCUCCUCUACACCACGCCUACCACCUACAUCGAUGACAUUACCGUCACCACCGACAUGGAUCAAGACAUCGGGCUGGUGAAUUACCAGAUCGUCGUCCAGGGCAGUGACCACUUCCAACUGGACGUGGGUCUUCUGGAUGAGGAAGGCAAAGUCGUGGCCAAGGGGGCAGGGGCCCAGGGCCAGCUGCAGGUGCCCAAUGCCCACCUCUGGUGGCCGUACCUGAUGCAUGAGCACCCUGCCUACCUGUACUCAUUGGAGGUGAAGUUGACGGCGCAGACGGCUGUGGGGCCCGUGUCUGACUUCUACACCCUCCCCGUGGGGAUCCGCACCGUGGCCAUCACCGAGAGACAGUUCCUCAUCAAUGGGAAGCCGUUCUAUUUCCAAGGGGUCAACAAGCAUGAGGAUGCAGAUAUCCGAGGGAAGGGCUUUGACUGGCCGCUGCUGGUGAAGGACUUCAACCUGCUUCGCUGGCUGGGCGCCAACGCCUUCCGCACCAGCCACUACCCCUACGCGGAGGAGGUGCUGCAACUCUGUGACCGCUAUGGGAUCGUGGUCAUCGACGAGAGCCCCGGCGUGGGCAUCAAGUCGGCUGAGAGCUUCAGCAACGUAUCUCUGCAGCACCACCUGGAGGUGAUGGAGGAAAUGAUCCGCAGGGACAAGAAUCACCCGGCCGUUGUAAUGUGGUCCCUGGCCAAUGAGCCCGCUUCCUUCCUGAAACCGGCUGGUUACUACUUCAAGACGCUGAUUGCCCACACUAAAGCCUUGGACCCCUCCCGGCCUGUGACCUUUGUGACCAACACCAACUAUGAAGCAGACUUGGGGGCGCCGUACGUGGACGUCAUCUGUGUGAACAGCUACUAUUCCUGGUACCACGACUAUGGGCACAUGGAGGUGAUUCAGCUGCAGCUGGCAACCCAGUUCGAGAACUGGCAUAAGAUCUACCAGAAGCCGAUGAUUCAGAGCGAGUACGGAGCAGACACCAUUGCAGGGUUUCACGAGGAUCCACCACUGAUGUUCAGUGAAGAGUACCAGAAAGGCCUGCUCGAGCAGUAUCAUGCGGUUCUGGACCAAAAACGCAAAGAAUAUGUGGUUGGCGAGCUCAUCUGGAAUUUUGCUGAUUUCAUGACUAAUGAGUCACCAUUUCGGAUGAUAGGGAACAGAAAAGGGAUCUUCACUCGGCAGAGACAACCAAAGAGUGCAGCAUUCCUGUUGCGAGAGAGAUACUGGAGACUUGCCAAUGAAACCAGGUACCACCAGUCAGCUGUGAAGUCACAGUGUGUGGGAAACAGCCUGUUUACUGUUUAAAGCGAGAACUACCUCUCUGCAGACACUGGCUCAGUCAGCUUCUCCUCCCCAGGGAGGGGGUGCUACUUCCAUCGCACACCGAGCAAGUGUUUCCUGCCCUGUGCAUAGCAGACCUGGAAGCUUCUCACCUGGAUUUUGUGGUCAUUUGCUAGAAGGGAAUAUUAGAAAAUAAAGACUGGUAGGGCCUUCCCUGGCAGUCCAGUGGUUAAGACUCAGCACUUCCAUUGCAGGGGGCCUGAGUUUGAUCCCUGGUUGAGAAACUGAGAUCCCACAUGUUGCACAGCAUGGCCAAUAAUAAUAAAGAAAAUAAAGGCUUUUGUCAUAUCAGAAUAAAGAGUUAGCUUAAAAGUGA